AUCGAUUUGAAUGAUUUGCGCAAAUUUCAGCGAAGAAGUCCUUACGCUAACGAACCGCCGAUUACUGUAUAUCUGCGUAAAGAUAUCGAAACCAAAGCUCUUCAAAUCUGGGGUUCUUUCGAUGCCUUACAUCGAGCUCUCCUCAAACGCAAAGAAGAGGAACAGAAAUAUAUCGACAAUGUUUUUCACGUGAAAAAGUUAUUGAAGGACUUUAAGCGACAACACGAUCCCGAAGCUAAGGCACGCUCUCGUACCAAUUUUCUAUUCAAAACGCUCGCCUGGCUCUACACGGGCUCCCAUUCCCUGUUCGCCGAAGCCAUACACUCGUUGGCCGACACUUGCAAUCAGUUGAUACUGGCGUUUGGGAUCCGAAAGUCGCUGCAAAGCGCUAAUGUAGACCAUCCGUACGGUUAUCAUCCGAUGCGUUACAUCGCGUCACUCAUCUCAGGUGUGGGCAUAUUCUGUGCCGGAACUGGUCUUUCGUUUUACAACGGAAUCGACGGUUUACUACAUCCGCAACACAUAGAGUCCCUCUACUGGGCGUUCUAUAUAUUAGGCGGUUCUAUCAUCUCAGAGGGCGGAACACUACUCAUCGCUCUGAACGCCGCCCGCAAAGGGGCGCAGAGACACGGCGUGUCUGUUAAAGAAUAUGUAUAUCGAGGAACUGAUCCGAGUGUUAACGUAGUCUUAUUGGAGGACAUGGCGGCCGUUGUUGGGGUAAUAAUCGCGGGCUCGUGUAUGGGUCUGACCGCGUACUACAACACUCCGAUAUACGACGCCGCGGGCUCUAUAGUGAUCGGCAGUCUGUUAGGAGUGGUCGCCUCUUUCAUCAUAUACACCAAUAGCGGUGCACUCGUCGGCCGAUCCAUACCUACCAAACGAUUGAUGGAAAUUAACAAACAAUUAGAGAGCGACGAAAUGGUUAGAGCUAUACAUGACGUGAAGGCAACAGAUAUGGGCAACGAAAUGGUCCGAUACAAAGCCGAAGUGGACUUCGAUGGCCGGCAUUUAACGCGACGCUAUUUAGAUACCAUUGAUUUGGAGGUACUGUUGAAAGAGAUGCAGAGCUUGUCGGCGAUGGAAGAGGUGGAGGCCUUUAUGCUAAAACACGGCGAGAAUAUUGUGGACCUAUUGGGCGCUGAAGUGGAUCGCAUCGAAAAGGAGCUUAAGAAAAGACACCCACAGGUGCGACACGUCGACUUAGAGGUCCUAUAAGUCCCUAUUAUUAGUGGCCGUCAUUCAAAUACACGCUCUUUUUGUUUUGUCUAAUAAUUAUAAUUAUAUAUCAAUUAAUAAAACUAACCGUUUUUAUAAUAUAUA